AAUGCCAGUACUAAAGAUGGCGGCGCCCAGCGGUUAGGGGUGAAUGAAGCCGAGCGGGGCUUUGGGCGCCUUUGUGCCGCGGGGAUGUGGAGCUCAGUGUCAGGCCUAGCGCGGGUCGCAAGCAGGACCUCUCCUCGCAGCGGGCCGCCCGCGAGCCGCUUGUUCUGCGCGGGGAACACGGCUGAUUCCCCAGGGGGAAAAUCCGGCGGCCGGCAGGUGCGGGCCGCACCUCCCUGGCGGAUUCUCUUCUUCGGAACAGACUCGUUUGCUCAGCGGGCGCUGGAGAAACUGCAGCUGUCCAGAUCCUCGCAGACUGGAAAGAUGCUGAUAGAACAGCUGGAGGUUGUUACCUUGCCAGCCACCAAAUACAGUGAGCUCCCUGUGAGGAAAUAUGCCAGGAUGAGUCAAAUUCCAAUUCAUGAUUGGCCUCACCUCGCACCAUGUGAUCAUUUUGAUGUUGGAAUAAUUGUAUCGUUCGGGAGCCUACUCAGUGACUCUCUUAUUCAGCAGUUCCCACAUGGAAUAUUAAACCUACAUCCCAGCCUCCUUCCCAGGUGGAGAGGUCCUGCUCCAAUUUUUCACACGUUGAUUCAUGGCGAUCAGGUGACUGGGGUGACGAUUAUGCAGAUCCGACCAGCAAGGUUUGAUGUUGGCCCCAUUGUAAUGCAGCAAGAAUGUGCUGUUCCUCCAGGAUGUACAGCUGAUGAAUUGGGAGCGAUGUUGGCAGAAACAGGUGCCGAAAUGCUUCUUUCAACUUUGAAAAAUCUGCCAGAAAGUAUCAAGAACAAAAGGGAACAACCCAAGCAGGGAAUCACGAUUGCCCCUAAAAUUACAGUUGCUAUGAGUUGGGUGAAUUGGGAGGAGCAGACGUUGGAGGAGCUUGACCAGUUAAACCGAGCAAUAGGAUCCAGGAUUCCCUUGCGAACACUGUGGAUGGGUAAAACUGUGAAGCUAUUGGAUUUAGUGGAUAUGCGAAAAAUCCCUGUUUCCCUGGCUUUCACACAGGAACAGUUAAUCCCUGGAACUAUCUAUUUCCACAAGGAAUCAAACAUUCUCCUGGUGCGCUGCAAGAAUGGCUGGACAGGUAUCAAACUGCUGGUGCUGAAGAAGGUUCUGUCGGCUGCUGAGUUUUAUAAUGGAUACCUCCAUCCAUACUUUCAAGGAGGAAGUAGAAUAAAUCAAAGCGUGGCAAGGUUUCAAACACACAAGCCUGAAACAAAGGCAAAAAAAACUGUCAAAAAGAACUUGUUUGUUGCUUGAUGUUAAAAAUGUAAAUGAUGUAAAUGAUUCCAUAUUGUGUAAUUAAAAUUCAAUCCUUUUUUAAACCA